AUGUUCCUGACCUGCGAAGGGACCUUCGGAAUUGUUCCAGCUACCAUGGAUUACAAUGGGGAAGCCAGGCCGGGGGAUUUUCAUGCUGGCUAUCAAGAAAUCGAAGGGAUAAACUUGGGAUACUUACAGAUCAAUGGCACCCAGAUGUUUGCAUUGGCCCAGGUCCUCAGCGACCUGUUUAAGGAUAUCCCCAGGACCACCAUCAGCAAGAAGAUGGAAACCUUAAAGAUCAAGAGCCGACGCUGCGAUCUCAAAGAGCUCCGGACCCUCAAAGCCAUCAACUCCGUGCCCACCCGCGCGGUGAAAUGCUCGCUCAUAUCCAAGGCGGACCUGGAGGCUCUCUGCACCUCCUGCAAGAGCCUCAGCCCCCGCAGGAGGAAGAGGAAAAGGAAGAGCAAGAGGAGGGAGCAGCUGCUGCUGCAGGACCCGGGGGAGCUCUUCGGCUGCCCCCGGCCCCAGCUGCUGCCGCCCUGCCGAGCCGGCGGCUGCUGCGGCCCCGAGGCGCCCGGGCGCCCCAAGCUGCCCCCCGGCUUCGGCAAGCCGCGCUCGGCGCCGGCCGCGCUGCUGCCGCAGCCCUUCCACCGCGCCUUCCCCGGCUAUGAGAAGGCCCCGCGGGGCAGGAAGGGCUACGGCCUGGCGGGCCGCGGCGGGCUCUUCGCGGGCGUCCUCGGCGGCUUCCCGCGGGACCUGGCGCUGCUCCACGCCGCGGGCGCGCACCCCGCCGCGCAGGCGGCCGCGCUCGCCGAGCCGGGCCGCCGCAAGCGGGGCCCCUGCUGCGCCAAAGGGCUCUUCCCGGAGGAGAAGCGCCCCGGGGCCGCCAGGAAGGGCCGCUCCUCCGUCUUCCCCGGCUCCAAGCGGCAGGGCACCUCCGCCGGCUACUCCAGCGACUCGGACUCCAGCCUGGACUUCGGCGGGUCCAGCCCCGCCACCUCCAGCGACUCGUCGGAGGAGGAGGAAGAGGAGGAGGAGGAGGAGGAGGAAGGGGACACGUCGUGCAGCAGCGAGGAAGGCAGCUCCUCGGAGUCGGAGAGCAGCUCGCUGUGCAGCGGGGACUCGGUGCAGAGCACCCGGUACAGGCAGGCGGCUCUGCCCCGCUUCCAGCCCCAAACCCCCCGGGAGCCCGUCGGCGACGAGCGAGCCGCGGAGCCGCCUCCGAGCGUGGGCAAAGCCCUGCGCCCCGACCCCAGCCUCCUCUUCCUCUCGCAGCAGCUGUGGGCUAGGACUUCGCGAACAUCAACUUUGGAAAGUUUGAGCCCGGCUCUAGCCCUGGGCUCGGGGGCCCAGCCGCAGCCGGAGCUGUACGCAAAGCAGGAGGCCUCCCCUUCCUCCUCCUCCUCCUCCCCCCCUCCCUCCCCGAGCAGCACCCCUGGGGGGGAUCUGCAACAAAAGGAGGGAGGCUUUGGGGACGCAGAGCCCAGCGCCAAAGGGAAGGAUUUGCACAAAGAUGCCUCGAACAAUAGAGCCUCGUUAGGCCCCAGUGACCAAGCGGAGAGGCAGAUUGAAGCUUUAGCCGGGCGAUCUGCUUCCCAAGAGCCUGCCCCGGGCUCAGACCCUCAGCCCGCAGCUCAGGAACCGGCAGGGAGCCUCAGCCCGGAGCCCCCCGGGGACCUAGGGGAGCCCAGGAGGGAGCAUUUUGACAGGCUCAUCAGGCAAUCCAAGCUGUGGUGUUAUGCAAAAGGGUUCAGCGUGGACGGGAAAAGUUUGCGCCACGGAGGGAGGACGGAGCCUUGCAAAGCUGCAGAGCUCAAAUCCCCCGGUUCCAAAAGAGCAGAGAGCCCCAGCACCUUGUCAAACAAAGCUUUGAAAGGCAAUGGCUCGGAAAGGAAUGCCAAGCGCAGACGCCUUGCCAGAGGCGCUGAGGCAGAAAGGCAACAGAGCUCCUCUAAAGGGAGGCCACAAAAGACUCAAAGGAGGAAUGCCAAAAAGGGAAACACUCAUUGCAAACGCCUCGGCAGCGCUGGGCCAACCCCGCCUAGGAAUUCCUUCAGCCUCAUGGGCAACUUCCCGUGUAUUCCCUCCCUGGUCGUGGGGGAAGAUGGGGACCUGUGUCCUGCCUCCUCCCUGGGCGUCAAAAACUCCUGGGCUCUCUCCAAAACUCACCCGCUAUGGAGCUGGCACCUGGGGGGCAACGCCAUCCCGGUGCCCCCCAGCCUCAAAUUCCGGGGCUUUAGCUUGGAGGAUCUCUAAGGA